UGCAAGGGGCCUCCUUGGCCUUCAGGUUCUCUUUGGGGAGGGGGCUCGGCUGCACCCAUGGAUGACAGCAAAGUAGCUGGAGGGAAAGUGAAGAAACCAGGUAAACGGGGCCGUAAACCAGCCAAAAUAGAUUUGAAAGCUAAACUUGAGAGGAGCCGGCAGAGUGCGAGAGAAUGCAGGGCAAGGAAGAAGCUGAGGUACCAGUACCUGGAAGAGCUGGUUUCGAGCAGAGAGAGAGCCAUAUGUGCUCUUAGAGAAGAGCUGGAAAUGUACAAGCAGUGGUGCUUAGCAAUGGAUCAAGGAAAAAUCCCCUCUGAAAUUAAAGCUCUGCUAAGCGGGGAAGAGCAAAGCAAACCACAGCAGAACAUGGCCAAGGUUGGCAAGGCUUCAAAGAUGGAUGCAAACAGUCACAGUUCCUGGUGAAGAAGAUGGAACAGCCAAGAUCAAAGUCCCUGUUUUAUACUAGCAACACUGAUUUGUAGUCUUUAUGCUAAGCUUCCCUUCCACUAUGAUGUGUGGCAAUGCAGCAGCAGCAAAUAACUUGAUUGUGGAGGUGAAUUACCAAAAUAACCCAAUGGCAAGCCAACAGAAUUAAAUCUACAACUUAAAAAACCACCAGUUUGUUAUAUAGAUAUAUAAACUACAACUUA